GGGUGGGACGUCACGCGUCGGCUGCGUGAUGAGGUCACGGGCACGCACUGACGGCGUCACUGGCGGUUGCUGUCGAUUUCACCCGCCGGCGGAGAGACAAACGGACGGGAUGAACCGGAGCGUCGCCAGGGCGGGGAGCGCGGCCCGUCCCGCUGCGGCCAGCGGCACCAGGCUGGACAAGAUCGACAUGUCUCUGGAUGAUAUAAUUAAAUUGAAUAAACAGCAGUGGAAUGUGAAAAGGGCUGUGCCACUGAGAAGGACUCCAACGUUAAAUGAAACCCAGUGGCCUAAGGUUCAGCAGAGGAGGAUGGGCAACUGGCGUGGAAUCCCGCAACGAUAUGGGACAGUUGUGAACAGGCAGGCACCACUGGAAAAGAGGAGAGGUUUUGUACCAUUGCGGCGACGACCUCAGGGUGUAAUAACUGGCCUGGCAGCACGAAAGGCAUCAUUGCUGAGGAGAGGGAUGAACACCAUAAAUCGAUCUACACUAAACCACAAGCAGGCUGUGCAGAGACCAAGAUCUCUGCUUCAGAGAAACAACAUAGCACUAAGGCAGAAUGAGGGGCAGAGGAGACCAAUUGUGUCAUUGUGGCGUCCCAACCAGUUCAAAAGGAGGAAUCCUGUGCAGACCAGCUUACCCAGGAUGUCAGCACAAAUGCAGCAAAAUAAAGAAGCACGCCAGGCAACCUAUCUAUCAAAGAGAGGCCUAAAGGUGCAUAUGCAGACUGGCCAGGAACUGAAAGGAACAGCUGCUAAGAAAACAGCACAAUCGUGGCCGCCCACCUCCAGUUCCCCUGCAGCAAAUCAUGGCCGUGUUCCCAGCACCAAUGGAGGAAUUUUAACCGUGUCCAUUCAGAACCCUUCGGCAAGCUCCCCACCAGUCUCUCAGUCAUUCCGGAUCACACGGCCCCCUUUAAUUCCAUUUACAAUAAAAAAGGAGUCGGGCGAAAAGAAAGAGCCGCCCAAAGGAGUCUCUCUGGAGUUUGAUAUCAACAGUGUUGGAAAACAGACCGGGAUCACCUUGAAUGAACGAUUUGCAAUUCUGAAGGAACGGAGGACAGUAGACACUUCAUGCAAAGGUGGACGCUUUGUAACCGUGAGAUAGAUGAGUAACGUUUUAGCGAAGACUAUUGAUGGGUUUCUGGAGUGACUAACUGCCCUGAGCUGACACUGUGACCUUGACUGCUAUAAGGACCAUUGUACAGUAGCCAUCCAGAGGAACAACUGAAAUUGGGAUUAUGUUAUAAAGUUUUUGACUAGGAAAUGAUGUUAAAUGAACGUUGAUGUUAAUGUCUGAUUACAAAGACUGAAUUGUUUUUUUCCGGGGAUGCUAUUCAUUGUGAACGAAAUGUAUAAAUUCAGCAGACAUUUGAGAGCCUACAAUUCAGUAUUUUUGACAUCUUGGAGUUUCAAUCAAAAAACAUUUUUUUAAUUAAACUUUGCAAGUUUCACAAUU